UCCAAACUAGACAUGGCGGCGGAUCCUCAGCCGGACUGGCUCUCCUGCCUUCCCUCUUCUUGGAGUUAUGGGGUGACUCGGGAUGGACGCAUAUUCUUCAUUAACGAAGAAGCAAAGAGUACAACCUGGUUGCAUCCAGUUACAGGAGAAGCUGUCAUCACGGGGCACAGAAAAACCCCAGAUUUACCAACAGGAUGGGAGGAAGGAUAUACAUUUGAGGGAGCUCGCUGCUUCAUCAACCACAAUGAGCGAAAGGUGACCUGUAAGCACCCGGUGUCAGGGUUCCCCUCACAAGACAACUGCAUCUUUGUGGUUAAUGAACAUGUGAAUUGUGGAAAGUUUGUCCACCCUGAGAAACCUGUAGAGGCUGUCACCAGAUCGGCUCCCAAGUCUUCGUCGGAACAAGGAAGCAGCAGUGACAAGAAGGAGCGUCCUAUGAGUACCAUGAGUGAAGCGUCAAACUACACAGGUGGCUCCGAUUACAGCACCUUCACUGGCAGCCCAGCCACCACAGUCACUACUGCCAUUACCACUUCCACCUCAUCUACACGGCCUUCUAGGUCUUCCAGAAAAGUCCACAACUUUGGCAAGAGGUCCAAUUCAAUCAAGAGAAACCCCAAUGCCCCAGUGGUGAGGAGCAGCUGGCUUUACAAACAGGACAGUACAGGCAUGAAGCUGUGGAAGAAGAGGUGGUUCGUUCUGUCUGACAUGUGCCUCUUCUACUACCGUGAUGAAAAAGAGGAUAGCAUCCUAGGAAGCAUCCUGUUGCCCAGUUUUCACAUAUCUAUGUUGUCGGUGGAUGACCACAUCAGCAGGAAAUAUGCCUUUAAGGCCACUCACCCCAACAUGCGGACAUAUUACUUCUGCACUGACACAGCCAAAGAGAUGGAGUCCUGGAUGAAAGUCAUGACAGAUGCUGCUCUCGUCCACACUGAACCAGUCAGAAGAACGGACAAGUUGAAAGGGGACCAGCGGAGACCUCAAGAGCUGAACAACCUGCUGAACCACAGAGUCCUCACACGGCCCGAGAUCCAGAACAACGAACGCAAUCGAGAACCUGCGUGUCAACAUUCCCUGUCGCAGGUCGACGACAAAUGGCAAAAAGAUGUUGUGAAACACAAUGACCAGAGGGAGCAAGAGUACUACACCUUACAGAGGGAGGGAGAAAGGUACUCUCUGAAGAAAGAGGGCGUGAGCUACAUGCUGCAGAAGGAUGGAGAUAGGUAUCUCCUGCACAAGGAUGGAGAGAAGUACCUCCUGAGAAAGGAUGGGGAGAAAUACUCGCUGCAGAAAGAUGAAAAAGUGUACACCAUUCACAGAGAUCUGGAGAAGUGCGGCGUUCGUAAGACGGACGAUAAACACGCAGUGACACCGGCUGAGGAAAAGUACGCACCCUCCAAAGAUGGGGAGAAGUAUCUGCUCGCGAAAGACGGAGAAAAGUACGCGCUGCAGAAAGUAGGCGAUCGACACACGCUCCAGAAAGAUGGAAAAAAGUGCCUCUCUCAAAAGGAGGUGAAGAGACAGCUGUCAUUAAAGGAAACUGAAAGGUUCAGCACUAUGAGGGAGAAGGAUAAUAAAUAUGGCACUAUACAAGUUAUGGACAAAUACAGCACUAUGAAAGAAAUUAAGAGAUACAGCUCGUUUCGAGAGGGGGAUAAAUACGCGACUCUGAGGGACGCAGAGAAAUGUGCUACGGUUUGUGAUGGGGAUAAAUACGGCUUUCAGAGAGAUCCGAGCACCGACAGGGCUCUGACCAAAAUCAACAGCAUCAAGCUACAACCAGCCCAGGCCGCCGCCAUCGCAGCUGCAGUGUCUGCGUCUCGUCAGAACCAGGCCAACAUCAGCGCCCAGAAACCUGCACAGGUCAGUGGCUCAGGGUGUGGAACAGGGGAGCAGCAAAGGGACUGCAGCCCCACAGAGGUGGAUGGCAACCUGGCCAGGGUUCCCGUAAAGUCUCCAGCUCUGGUCCAGGAGCCAGAAAAGGGUUUGUCCAGGACCAACUCCAUUCAGCAGCUGGAGCACUGGGUCUAUCCGCAAAGGAGAGGACUGGACAAUAACUCAAAGAGUGUUACAUCGUACCAGACUUUACCAAGAAACAUGCCCAGCCACCGUACCCAGAUUGUACCCCGCUACCCUCAGGGGUACCGCACACUGCCCCGCAACAGCAUGAUGAGGCCUGAAAGCAUUUGCAGUGUGGCAGGCUCGGUAUAUGACCGGGCCCUCCAUCCAGCCUCCACGUCUGCUGUUAGCACAACAGAGAAGAGAAAAUCAAUGAGGGAUGACACAAUGUGGCAGCUCUAUGAGUGGCAGCAGAGGCAGGCCUUCUCCAGGCAAAGUCUGGCUCAGCCACCAGGUGUGGGUCAUUAUGGCACACUGCCCAGCAUUAAGACCAUGGGCAACAUCUCCCAACAUGCCGUGGCGCACUCCAUUCCCACUUCCCCAUCUCAUGGCUCUCUGGCUCUGUACAGCACAUUCUCCCCUUCUCGUCAGCAGGUUGCUCAAAAUCAUAGUAGCUCCCACUCUGAGGUUUCUUCGCCCAUAUUGAGGGGGGACGUGACUCUUGACCGCCGGCACAGGACACACCUUGCGAAGUACGGAUACACACCUGAUCGACGAUCCAUUGCAGUUGGCAUCCCAUCUCAGACUAUCACUCCACAGUCUCUGCAGGGCAAGACGCCGGAGGAGCUGACACUGCUGCUGAUCAAGCUUCGCCGGCAGCAGGCGGAGCUCAACAGCCUGCGGGAACACACAGUAGCUCAGCUAAUGGCCGUUGGUAUGGAAGGGCACAACGCAAAGACUGAUGUUCUCUUCCAUCAUCUCCAGAGGAACCUAAUAUACCUGGAAAGUCAGACGAAGGAGAAUGAGCCUCUAAUCUUCAUGAUUCACACUAUGAUUGAGAACUCUGCACCAAGGCCACAACUCUACCAGCAAAGUUCAGAUGACUACAAAGACAGCGCCUUCGUCCAGCGCCCAGAGGAGGCUGACAUAGAUACCAAGCUGAGCAGACUGUGUGAGCAGGACAAAGCAGUGAGGAUGCAGGAGGAGAAACUGCAGCAGCUACACAGAGAGAAGCACACUCUGGAGACAGCGCUGCUGUCUGCCAGUCAGGAGCUGAGUGAACAGAGUGACUCAAAUGCAGCAGCCACACAGAGCCUGGUCCAACAGAGAGAUGUGCUGCAAAAUGGGCUGCUCAGCACCUGCAGGGAGCUGUCCCGAGUCAGCACUGAGCUAGAGUGCUCCUGGAGGGAGUAUGACCUACUGGAAGCAGAUGUUACUCUGGCCAAAUCCAACCUACUGGAACAGCUGGAGGCCCUGGGCAGCCCACAGACAGAGCCUCCAAGUCAGCGGCACAUUCAGAUCCAGAAAGAGCUGUGGAGGAUCCAGGAUGUGAUGGAGGCGCUGUCCAAGAACAAACCCCCGCGCAGCACAAAUAGCAGUUUUCUUGGUUCAAAGCCGCUCUCCAUUCAGCAAAAGAAUGAGGCAGUCACUCAGCCACUCAGUCCUCCCAAGGAGGGCAACAGCGUACCCCCCCGCCCGCCUCUCCCCCAGUACUACGACUCAUCAGACCGCCCCCCUCAAGUGCCCCCCCACCACUCACACCGUGGUGGCCCCAUGCCCUCCCACACUUAUCGUCCUGAAGACCGCAAAACCGGCACCAGGAAUGGAGCACACAGUCAAGCUCCAGAUUACCGGCUAUAUAAGAGCGAGCCCGAGCUGACCACGGUGAACGAGGAAGUGGACGAGGCCAAUGGUGAAGAGAAGGACAAGGCUGAGACUGAAAGUAAAGACAGCGCAUCAUCCAAAGUGUCCCCGUACCGAGUGGGUGUCAUCCCCCCCAGGACCAAAUCCCCAAUGAGCCCUGCCGAGUCCUCCACUAUUGCCUCCUACGUUACCCUGAGGAAGACCAAGAAAUCUGAAUCCAGAUCUGAUCGUCCCAAAAGUGCAGUGGAUCAAAUAGGAUUUGGGGAGAGAGAGGUGGGCAGAACAAGGAUGAGUGUAGAGGAGCAACUGGAGCGACUAAGAAGAAAUCAGGAGGCCUUGUUGCUCCGUGAGAAAAAGAAAGAAACCCCAACCCGCUCACCGUCCUUCAGCAAAGACAAUCCAUUUCUUAUUCUGCAGAGUCGUAUCCCAGCAGGAGUUGGAGCUGGUGCAGACCCUUUGGAGCUGGAGGCUGCACUGCAGCAGCUGAAGGUGGAGCACAAGGAGCAGAGCAGAGCUUCUGUUGACGCUGCAGGAAACUGCACAGAAAGAACGCUGACUGUUGCAAAGGAGAUGCCCACAGCAGAGGAGGUGAAAAAUUGCAAAUCUGAGGAAGUAAAGCAAGACGGGAACACGGGCCUGAAGAGUGUGGAAGAGCCACAGGUUACGAUGGGCAGAUUAGAUCAUGAGCUGUGUGAGAGUCAAAAGGUGGUGAUCCUGGACUUGGGCACGGAGCCUCAGCGGGUGGAGAUUGUGAACCUUGAGCCCUUCGAGGAUGAUGAAAGCCGAGAGCAAGAUCUGACCAGCUCACCUACAAAUGCCACCACUGAAAACAGCUUCCAGACUGUUGAGCCUGAGACUCCAAGCCCUGAGCCUGAGCUCGAAGAGAUGACACAACCGUCGAGGGGAGAGAAGAACCUCGGGAAGAGCCUGGAUUCAUACAACCAGCUGACAGCAGACAGCAAAAAACACAACAACAGUAUUUUGGCAUCACAGACGUUCACUUUGGUGAGCAGUGACACGUGAGCAAUGGCGGCCUGGACAUCCUCACUGGCGUCCCAUUGAGCUCAAAUGUAGCCAGCCUGCACAGAGCAUGCUCCAUGGCUUCCUGCAUUUACAACGAAAUCUGUUGGCACUAGUGUUACGUGCCAAUACAGAGAUGGAGACUGAGAGGAUGAUGAUUCAGACUGACCGACACCUAGACGACCAGCCAUCAUAUUCAAAGAGGCAGAUAUUCUGUAUCUUUAGUGCUCAUUAGAUCUGCCGGCACAUACUCUGUCCUUAAGCAAAACACAUUCUGUGGAGAUGUCAGCAUAUUCUAGGACUGUAAAAUGGUUUAGUUUAAAAAUUAUGUGGUUUAACUACAAAAUGCCUGAAGAAGCCCAGAAAUUCAUUGCUGUAGUGUUACAAUAAAGCUUUGUUCAGCGUUCAGACAGCUGUGCAAAAUAUGAUUAAAAGCAAAAUGCAAUUCCAACUCCAAAGUUAAAGUACAAGUUAUUAAAUGUUUAAAAGAUUAACUUUGAUUCAAUUCAAUUUUAUUUACAUACCACCAAAUCACAAGUCACCUCAUGAACUGUAUAUAGGAAAGUAAGGACCGUAUAAUUGUGCAAGCACUUGGCAACAGCAGAAAGGAAAAACUCCCCUUUAACAGGAACAAACUUCCAGCAGAACCAGUAUCAGGGAGGUGCAGCCAUUUGCCUUGACUGGUUGUUGAUGUGAGGAAGACGGGAUAAAGAGAGCCAGAGAUGAUAAUUAUUACUAAUGAUUAAAUGCAGAGAGGUGUAUAAACACAGAGUGUUAAAAUACAGGAGCAAACCUGGUCUCAGUUUUUAAUGUUUCACGCAUCUAAUUCAGUAUAUUGAAAACACUGCAUUUCUCAGAUUUAAUGUUUGAUAUGUUGCCUUUGUACUGUUUUUUUAAUUGAAUAAGGCUUUAAAUAAUCAAACAAGUCAAAUUACUUUUUACACAGUGUCCCUGCUUUUUUGGGAAUGUGUUGUAAACAGGAAGGAGUUAACCAGCGACCAGGUGACCAAACCACAGAUGAAAGGUUUGCCUUUUCCAGGCAGAAUGUAGCCACUGCUCUGGUGUAGAUACUUCUGAGUAGCCCUGAAAAACCUAGUGGAGCCUGAUGCUGACUGGAAAGGAUUUAGACCUCACAGGAGACGGAUAGUGUCCAGUCACUUUUAUGGACCAUGUAAUUUAGUUAGCUUCAUAAAAUUUGGAUGGUUUACUGAUAAUGGCUUUGUAAUCUGUGGCACAUGAGCAAUCCAAAGCAUUUCCAUGAUCCAAAAGGCCCACAUAUAGCAGCGUAACAAACCAUUCAUCUUGUAAAUGGAAAUUAUGAUACGUGGCUCCUUCCUAACCUCAGGACAAAUGGCCAGUCCUAACGUAAAGUGUUUGUAAAUGUCUUUGGAAAUAGCUGGAUAAAUCCCUGUAAUCUAGACUCAGACAGAUGUGGUGUAAGGGGGUGAUGGAGAAACCAGUGGACUGUUCUGUUUAGUCUGAGGUUGGCACUAACCCCAUCAAGUAUCUGAAGGGUGUACUCCUGAGUGAGGGGAAACUAAGCUGACAGGCAGAUUGGACUGGACAUUCAGUUUAAGGGUUAAGCUUUUAAUUUAAUCAUCAGUUUUGACAUCAAGCACAUCCAUAUAUAUAUAUAUAAAUAGUUUAUUUGGCUGAGUUCAGGUAACGUGAUAUUUUGCAGUUGCUCACUGUAUUGUGCCUUUUCGUGUUCAUUCGUGUUUUGGAGUGAGAGGCAGUGGAACAUGGGACUGAAAGGAAGGAGGAGAUCCUUCCGAUUUACCAACCCGGUCAUGUUCAAAUCUUCGCCUGUGCUUCCACCUUUGCAGUAGCCAGCUGGUCCAGACAUUGUCUGAAACAAACUCAGAUUAUUCACUUUAACCAUUUUUUAAAGAUUGUACCACUUAUCUGGUAAAAGUGAAAAGAAAAAAAUCUGAAAACUUAAUGUUUUCCUUCCCUUUGUUAUGCUACAGCCAUGUGCUGCCACUAAGGGAGCGUGUUGUUUUUCUCCAAAACACCAUGUAGGAAUAUUUCUGGGCAGGCAAGAAUCUGAGCUAAACCAUUGUACAGUCUCACUUUUAUGUGUGACUUGUUUUGGAUAUAAUGUAGCCUCAUAAAACUGUGUUGCCAAAUACAUACACGUGUACAGAGCUUUUGAUACCUUACUAAGUGCUAAAGUCAUCCUAACAUAACUAUUAAAAUAACAGUUAUCUAUAGUUCUGGUGGAUGGGAUAUUAGCUGUUCCUGAGUUGCUAGAGAUGAGUGUACAGCUGUAUAUAUGAGCAUCUGAGAAGCCUCAUCACAGAUGGCACCAAACGACACAGACGCAGUGCUUUACUUUAACCCCAAGUGGCCGCUAAUCUUUAACCUGCUCGGAUCUGGAUCCUUUGGUUGAUUUCAAACUGGAGGGAUCCCACAUCUUUUACACCUGCAAAAUAACAGAUUAGCCUUCAUUUUAAUAUAAGUAUAUCCAUAUAUUAUAUGAAUAUUAAGCUGUUUUUUACUUUAACAAGGUGCCACAUCAUGCUGCUGUUUUUUUUUUUUUUACAGAUUAAGGUAUGAAGUUAGGAUUAUUUAUGUUGAGCAGAUGGUUUGAAUACCCUGACGUGCUUGCAAAGUCACACAUAAUAUGCGAAUGAGUUGAAUUUGAAGUCUACUUUAUCAGUUUGUGUCUCUUUGUUUUUCCUCACUUUGGUUUGUAUCAGUUAGAAAAUACACAUAAAAAGGAUUCUUAGUUUGACUCUGUCCUAGGUGGUGGAAACUCAGAAAAUGGCACAUGUACAAAGCAAUAAAUAGGUAUUUGAAGCCCCAGGACAUUAAAAAAGUAAGAGAUAAAUAAACUGUAAAAAAAAAAAAAUUAAGAUAAGAUAGAAAAAUUUAUGUACACAGUGAAAAAAGAAGAGUGAAUAUUAUAAGUAUAAGAAAUUAUUAUUAUUAAUAUUAGAGUCAAUAUGCAAAACAUUCAUA